AUGAAGAGGGCCGUUUCCGGUGAAAGUGCGGCAGCAUCUGCUCCAACAGUUAGUUCAGCGAAUGCUGCAAACGUGGUAAGUCUGGGCAUUGGAUAUACAACCCCUUCCGGGGAGCAGAAAGGCCAGACAACGACAGAUGUCGACAACACGUUCACCCUUCCAACUGUGCCGGCCAGCAAACCUGCCGCAAUAGAUCCCACCGUAUACGAUCCAUACAAACCAGCUCCAACACCUACUCCCGGAAAAGCUGAUCCAGGAAGCUCCAACGACUAUCCGAGCCAGGGCAACAAUGAUCCCUCCAAGAAUGGAGGACUUCCGGUGGCACCAUCAACUGGGCAGAAUGGUCAGAACGGCAAUGCUGCUGUCGGGGUAGACCCAGCAAUCGGAAACGCUGAUCCCGGUAGAAAUCAGCUCAACGACCAGUACAACAAUGGAAGGCCUCCGGUGACCCUAUCGCCAUUGCCCGUACCAGUUCCAGCUCCGGCUCCUACUCUUGCGCCAGGAGGAGGCUACAGGCACUAUGCUGACAGCAACGGCUACCAGUAUUAUGAUGAUGACGAUGACGAUGAUGAUGAUGAUGACGACGACGAUGAUGAUGAUGAUGGUGAUGGUGAUGAUCACCAUAAUGGGUAUGACAAUAACUAUAGAGGUUCCUCCGGCGGAUACGCGAACCCACACCCUGACUCCAGCGGCCAAGAUCCCCCGAUCAGAGGAAAUGGCAAUAACGGCGCGGGAAGGCCAAACUAUAGCCGACCCAUCAUCACGCUCCCGUCCAGUAGCGCAGCGACACCGUCGUCUACGCCCCACAGCUCGACUGUGUUCUCGUCCACCGUCACUCCUGGAGAACCUGGGCGGUAUCGCUUCUUCUUCUAG